AUGUUUUUGCAAUGUUUUACAAUUGUAUUUACUUUUGCGUAUUUUGUAUAUUUUUAUUGCAUUCUUGGCAUAACGAGAGCUCUUACUGCAGCACGGCCCGGCUCCUGUGCAGCCAGACAGAAAUCAGGAGGAUUGUCCCUAACUAGGCCCGGCGGAGGAGCAGACGGAAGCGAUUCCCCUCGAUCCCACCCCCAGGCGUUCCCGCCCGCCCCGCCGCCGAUCCACCCGCCCGUCCUUCCGCCAACCGCGGAACCAACGCAGGCGCUCCGCUGGCGCCGCCCGCCCGCGAUGGAGGCGGUGGCGCGGCGGCCGGAGCGCGCCGGGGCCGCCGUGCGGAGCCGCGCCGAGGUGGACGCCACGCUGCAGACGGCCAAGCUGAACCCGGCGGAGCUGCUGCCGGCCGUGCACUGCCUCAGCUUCGGCGCGCAGGCCGGCGGCGGCGAGUGCUGCCUGCUGCAGCUGGAGCCGGCGCUCUGCGCGGAGCUGGAGGCGGGGCGCAGCCUAGUAAUCCGUGGUGAAAAGGAUGAACAUGCAGUGUUGUGCAGCAAAGAUAAAACUUAUGAAAUGAAAAUAGCAGAUACUUCAAAUAUGCUGCUGUUUGUUCCUGGUUGUAAAACUCCAGAGGAGCUGAAUGCAGAUCAGGCAUCUUGUAAUAUCAUUCACUCACAGAUUGCUGGUUUCUCCAAGAACUAUUGGGAAUUAAGGAGAUGUCGACCAAAACUGAAGAAACUGAGGAAGCUUUUAAUGGAAGAUCCAUAUGAAGGACCUGAUAGUCAGAAAGAGCAGACUUCAACAUUUUCAAAGUAUACAACAGAAGAUUUGUUAAGUCUGAUUCAAGCAAGUGAAGAAGAAAUACUCCACCAAUUGCAAGUUAUAGAUGCCUGCAAAAUUGAAGGCUAUUGGAGAAUUUUAGACUUUGACUAUGAGAUGAAACUCUUGAAUCAUGUGACUCAGCUAAUAGAUUCAGAGUCUUGGCCUUUGAGUAAGGUUCCUCUGUGUGCCUGCCUUGAAGAACUUGGAUCUCUAGAACCCAGAGAGAUGAUAGAACACAUUCUUUUAAGCUAUGGCAGGAAAUAUGUUGAUGAUGCAGGGGAGGUAUUCUUCGAAAUGCAUGAAGAUAAAAUAUGCAGAGCCAUAGCACAAAUGCUUUUGCAAAAUGCAGUUAAAUUCAAUCUAUCAGAGUUUGAAGAAGUCUGGCAACAGAGUGUCCCUGAGGGGAUGACAACGAGGCUUGAUCAGCUUCAGGGCUUGGCUCUUGUGGAUAAAAGUUCAAGACCAGAGACCAUCUUUCUGCUGAAAGUAGAAGACUUACCUGAGGACAACCAAGAAAGAUUCAACAGUUUAUUUGGCAUACGGGAAAAGUGGACGGAAGUGGAUAUUACCCCUUAUAUACAAGACUUGUGUGCAGAGAAACAGACCGUUGGUGCUCUUCUGACAAAAUAUGCUCGCUCCUCAAUGCUGAAUGGUGUUAAAGUUUAUAAUUCUAGAAGACACAUCUCAUAACAAAUACUGUUUGAAGAACUGAGGAUACUGAAUGUAGUAACAGUGAAUGUUACUUGCUGCUUCCUUCUGGGGUAAAGAAUUGCCAACCAUCAUUGUACAAGUAUUUGAGUUUAAACAGCUAGGCGACUUGAAUAUGUUGUGUUCUCUGCUCAGCUAAGGAGAGUGUGAGGACACUUGUGGCCUCUAAGGAAUGAUAUUCAGCUCACCUUCCUUUGCCUCCCUUCUUUGCCAAACUUCCUUUGCCCAACUUCUACUUCUUGAAUACAAAUAAUCUGUUUAUCCAUAAGUCUGAAAUGAAAAUUUAAAACCUCCUUGAUAAUAACUCAGUCAAUUGAAUUGAAUAGCAAAAUGGAAAUUUUAGUUUUCUGCCCAUUAGUGGCCAUUCUUAAAGAUUAGUUUCAAUGCAGUGUUAACAUUUUGAAUAGCACAGAGCUGAUCAAGCUCAUGAACAAAUCAUUCCCCACUGAGACAACACAAGUCUUGAUUUUGAAAAGUGGUUCUUUUUAAGGUCAUGUCUAUGAACACCAUCAGCACAAGCACCUGACACUUUAAUACUUGGCAGAAUGGCCUUACAUAUAUUACAAAAAAAAAUUGCAGUGAAGUGUGAAUAUAAGAGAGAAUAGUUGGAAAUGGUGUUACAAAUAGCCUGUAAACUGUCAUUAAAAUGUAGCUGAGGUAAAACUAAUGUUUCACGGAAGACUACUUGUGCUUUUUAAAGAACCUACAAAACUUUGUAGUACAAUUUUUUUUUUUAAACUUUGUUAUGACAAAUAACAGCACAUAGAAAUUGUGCCUUGAAACCUUCCAGUUUUGUAAUGGUAAUACUGCUCUAUGUAGAGAAAUUAAACAGGAUGUUUUUAUGAUACUGCCAUGAAGUGGUGUGCCUGAGAUGGUAAUUUUGUAAUCAUUAAAAAGGAUUGUUUUCAUGUCAGUAAAACAAAGUUUAAUAUCAGAUAGUUUUCAGAUUCAUAUUUUAAACUGAAUUGUUGUUGGUUAUUUGAUACAAAAAGGAUUUUUUCCAUCAGGCUCAGAUGUGACGUAGGAAAUACCUUGGAACUGCCAGCAUUCCAGCUGUAGAGUGAGUGGGGGGAGUAGAGAAACUCCUCCUAAAUCAAGUGUAACUCUGAAGAUGCACACUGUGUGCAUACUUUGAAUUUGGUAGUGAUAAAAAGCUGAAUAAAAGCUACUUCCUGAGCUCUGCUUAUUGUUGCCCAGUGCGGCAGGGGUGUAGUGUUUGACCAGCUGUGUGGAGACUAGAAUGGCUCUCUGCUGGGAAGGACUGACUUGUUUGCUCCCUGGUUCCAACAGCUCCCAAUAGCACCACAAGGUUCACUCCAGAGAUCAAUGGAAAAGCCUUGGAAAUUCCUUCCAUUGCAUCACAGAAGGGCCCUUAGUUGAAAUACACAACACAAUUGAUACUGUUAUAUUUGUGCUUCAAGUUUGUAAUUACAUAGGUGUUUCUUUGUAAAACAAAUAAGUCUUUAAUGAAUAGAGCUUUAUUACAUCAAUGAAAA